AUGGAGGUGCAGGUGAAGAGGACUUUGGUUGUGCCGCCGCCGCCAUGCGAGACGGAGGAGGUGCCGCUCACCGUGUUCGACCUCGUCGCGCCGACCUACCACGUCACCGUCCUCUUCGCCUUCUCGCCGCCCAACCCGACAACCCGCGCUCUCCUCGACGCUCUCCUUGCAACUCUUCCGCACUUCCCGCUCCUCACCGCGCGCCUCCACCGUGGUGGUGGCCGUCGUCGAGGCCCGUUCUUCGUUACGGGCAGAGGUGGCGCCGGCGCGCUCGUCGUCGAGGCUGAGGUGUCGUCUGAUCUCUCUGAACACCUCCCGCUCGCGCCGUCGCCGGAGCUCGCGCGCCUCCACCCGCCGGCCAACACGGGCUUGCCGACGGAGCACCUGCUCCUGUUACAGAUAAACCGCUUUGCCUGCGGCGGCCUCGUGGUUGCCUCGUCGGCGCACCACCAGGCCACCGAUGGGUUCUCCAUGAGCACCUUCUUUCACGCGUGGACCGACGCCGUCCGUCGCAACGGCGCGACGCCUCUCGACCGCCCUCUCCCGUACGGCCCUGGCUCUCUCUCGCCGCGCCGAUCGCCGAGGUGCGAGUUCGAGCACCGCGGCGCGGAGUUCUUGCCGCGCGACGGCGCCGUCGCAAGGAAUCAGGGCACCGCCGUCGUCCGUGUCGACCUUUCCGAGGUCGCCAACCUGCUGCUGCAUUACCCGAGCGAGUUCGUCGCCGAGCUGAAGCGCCGCGCGCAGGGCAACUACACAACCUUCGAGACCGUGUCGGCGCACGUUUGGAAGAAGAUCACCGCCGUGAGGGCGCUCGACGCCGGCGCGCGCACGUCGGUGAACGUCUCCGUCAACGGCCGCGCCCGUCUCGGGACGGCCGCUGUGCCCAACGGGUUCUUCGGAAACCUCAUCAUCAACGCCAGCUCCGGCGCCACCGCAGGGGAGCUGACCACCGGCACCCUCGCGGACGCGGCGGCGCUGGUUCGCGCGGGGAUCAGAGCUGUCGACCGGCGCUACUUCCAGUCGUUCAUCGACUUCGGGGCGCUGCACGACGACGGUGAGGAGCCACUGGAGCCGGCAGACGAGGACGAGCCGGGCGUUCUGUCGCCGGACGUGGACUCGGACAGCUGGCUUCACCUUGAGCUGCACCGGUUGGACCUGGGAUGUGGCGGGCGGUUGGCCGGGAUCCUGCCGGCGAAGGUGCCGCAGGACGGGGUGGUGGUGGUGAUGCCGAGCCUGAGGAAAGGUGGUGGGGUGGAGGUGUUCGUGGCGCUGUGGGAGAAGCACGCCAAGGAGCUGACCAGCAUCGCUUACACCAUGGAUUAA